UAUACUACCUCCAUCCCACUCUCUUUGUCCACUUUUGACUUUAGGAACUGUUCAUCUAAGCACUUUGACUCAUCAAAUUCUCUCAAUGUGUAAGCCUAAAUAUAGUCAUGUGUGAUCUUGUUUGAUUUGUCUUAACAUAUAGAUUAUUAAUAUAUAAUUUCUAUAAUUUUUUAAUAUACAAAUUACAAGAUAAAAUGGAUUAAAGAAGUGCAUUGGAUGCUAUUCUUAACGCAAUGGACUGCGGCUGCUGCUGUUACAAAGUUGAGAUGUUUUUACUCGCCUUUCUUUGCGUGUCCCAAAUCUCGACCUUUUCAUAUUCAGCUGCCACUGCUACUGGAGGCAAUGACACUUUAGUAAAUCCAACUUUCGUAACUGUUGAUGAUGGAGCAGUGUGCUUGACCGGACAACCAGCAUCUUAUUUCUUUCUCAAAGGGUUUGGAAAUGGUACGAGGAAUUGGCUUGUAUUCCUCAAUGGUGGAGGAUGGUGCAAAAACAUCACCGACUGCCUGCAAUAUAUAGACUAUAGAAAAAUUGGCCAGGAUAUUCCUCCUGCUGCUUUUUAUAACCAUUUGCUACUUACCAAAAGAGAUGAAAAUCCUGAAUUCUUCAACUGGAACAAAGUUUCAGUUACGUAUUGUGAUGGCUCUUCAUUCACCGGAAACUCCGAUAUAACAAUAAAAAAUGGCACUACAUAUUACUUUAGGGGUGCCAGGAUUUUUAAAGCAGUCAUGCAGGAACUAUUGGCCAAAGGGAUGGGAAGUGCUGAAAAUGUUCUUUUAGCCGGAAGCUCAGCUGGAGGAGUUGCUGCAACCAUUUAUUGUGAUGCAUUUCGUGGUUAUUUUCCAUCCACUUCUAGAGUCAAGUGUUUCUCCGAUAGUGGAUAUUUUUUUCUUCCGAAACAUCACACUCGUGGAAAUAAAUUUCUAUCCAUCUUUGAGGGAUUGAUUGAGAUGCAUGGAUCCACACCCGCUUUGCCUGAAUCUUGUACUUCGAAAUUCCCCCCAGCAAUGUGUUUCCUUCCGCAAAAUUUGCAAGCUGAUAUCCAAACUCCCAUCUUCUUUCUAAUGUCAGCAUUUGAUACUGUUCAGAUCAACUAUACGUUGUCAAAUGAGCAUGCGGUUUGUUCGAAAAACCCAAAUUGCACCUCAAGUCAACUGAUCAAAGAUAUGCAAGAGCUUAGAUUAGAGUUUUUGGACGUGUUGCGGGAACAAAGGAACAACUCACAAAAAGGAGUGUUGAUUUACUCUCCCUUUAGUCAUGCUCUGCUCUUCGAUUAUCGUUGGUAUUCUCUUGCACCUGGAGGAACUAAAGAGACAUAUGAUGAAUUAUUCAGAGAUUGGUACUUUGACAGAAAGAGGGUCAACAUGAUUGACACCUAUCCAUGCCCUUACAAUUGCAGCACAUCAUAUUAGUUGAGGGUUUACCUUUGUAGUUUCACUAAUUGUACUCCCUCUGUCCGGUACAAGACUUUCUCAUUUAAAUUUUAUGGAAUGUAAUUAAGAAUAGUGCUAAAAAUGAAAAAUCAGUAGUUGA